UCAUACAACAUUACAUCCCAAGUACAUUUAAUAAUAAGAAGACAUUAUUAUUAUUAUCAAUGUAUGGUGUCAUUCUUGUUAGCACAGAGACAAAUGAAACUAGUGUCUAGUUCUGAUAUGAGAGCACAUGGGUUAAAGUGGUGACAUAGAUAAUAUUUUAAUUUUUUAUUAUUAUUUAUUUUUUUAAAAAGUUUUAAAGUUAUUUAAUUAUUAUGGGUGAUGUUAAACAAUCAAAUGGUAAAUUAUUAAAUGGGAAAGUGAAACAUCGACGCGCAAAAAGUGUAGCACGAGCUGAAGAUAUACAAUUACAAGAAUUAAAAGCACGAAGAUCACAACCUGAUAAACCAUGUCAUCGACCACAAGAUUCACUGUUCUCAUGGGCAUCAGAAUUCGAAGAUUUUACUGGAUUCGUGAAUUGGGCUUUCUUAUUACUUAGUAUAGGUGCAUUACGAUUACUUUUAGAAAAUUUUAUCAAGUAUGGUAUUCGAGUUGAUCCUAUACAAUGGUUUAUUGUAUUAACAGGAAAAGAUGCUGGUGGUGCAGAACAUCCAUCAAUAGUUCUUUUAUUAUAUACUACUGUUCCAAUUGUUAUCAGUUUAGUUAUUGAAAAAGGAUUGUCUAUUGAAUUAGUUCCUAGUGGACCAGGUGCUGUAGCUCAUGUUAUUAAUUUAUGUGCCUUAGUUAUGAUGCCAGUGGUUGUCAUAAAUUUAAAAGCACAUGCAUUUAGUUUGAUUGGAGCCACGACAGUCUGUAUGAUAUAUAGUGUUCUGUUUUUAAAAUUAUGGUCAUACGUACAAGUAAAUAGUUGGUGCCGUGCUGCACAAAAAGCAAAGAAGUAUCGUCCAGGCGGAUUACGUAGACAGUCACUUUCAGUUAGUAGUAUCCAUAGUAAAGUAGAUGGUAAUAAAGAAAAAUUAUCCGAUUCAGAAGAUGAAACAAAUUCAGAAGUGUCAUUAGUUCAAUAUCCAGAUAAUUUGACGUUAAAAGACAUUUUUUAUUUUUGUUUAGCACCAACGUUAUGUUAUGAAUUAAAUUUCCCAAAAACAAAUCGUAUACGUAAACGAUUUUUAAUUAAACGUAUUAUUGAGGUUUUGUUUGGUUUUCAAGUAAUACUUGCUGUUUUGCAACAAUAUAUGGUACCUUCUAUUAAAAACUCAUUAGAAUCCUUUUCUAAUAUGGAAUUUACAAAAGCAACAGAACGACUAUUAAAACUUUCAAUUCCAAAUCAUUUAGCCUGGUUAUGUUUCUUUUACAUUAUAUUCCAUUCAUUUUUAAAUUUAGUUGGUGAAAUAAUGCAUUUUGCUGAUAGAAAAUUUUAUUGCGAUUGGUGGAAUGCAAAUAAUAUUGACACAUUUUGGCGUUCAUGGAAUAUGCCUGUGCAUCGUUGGGCAGUACGUCACGUUUAUAUACCAAUUGUUGAUCGUGGUUAUAAUCGAAUGCUAGCUAGUACUACUGUAUUCUUUAUUUCUGCAUUUUUCCACGAAUAUUUGGUUAGCAUUCCAUUACAAACAUAUAAAAUUUGGGCAUUUACUGGAAUGAUGGGUCAAAUUCCAUUAUCAUUUUUUUCACGUUUUGUUGAAAAGAAAUUUGGACCGCGUAUGGGUAAUCUUGUUGUAUGGUCAUCUUUGAUAAUUGGACAACCCUUAUGUAUUAUGAUGUAUUAUCACGAUUAUGUGAUUACGCAUUAUCGUAAAGAACUCUGGGAAAGUUUCAGUCACGUGUAAUUUAUAAAAAUAUUGGCCAUAAUUACUUCGUAUAUAUAUAGAUUUUCAUUAUUAAAAAGCUUUAAUAGCUUAAUUUUAUUCAUGUGCUAUAUAAUUUCUACCUUGCCAUGUUUAGUUACAAUCAGAAUUUUUUUCUAUUUUGUUGAAUAUAAACGAAUCUUGAAUAUUAUGCUAGAUAGACAAGGUGUGGGCAAUCUUUACGUUUCUCGAGUCGGAAGACAUUUUACCUUUUUUUCCAUUGGAGAACAUUUGUAUAAGUAGUUUCGAGUAUCUGCGUACACAUCACGCAAAAGCUAUUCAAAAUAUAUUUUAUAAUCAUUUCCUGUCUUAGAGGCAAUUAGACCACACAGCCUUAUUGCUUUCCAUUUCUAAAACUACUGGGUAUCUUAAAGACCUUUUAAAAACAUUUUAAUUUGUUCAAAUGUGUGCAUUAAAUUUGUACAUACUGAAUCUACGAUACCCAUAUGUAUUUGUUCAAAUGUACAAGUUUUUGUAGGCCCACAGUGUUUACAAAUAUAAAAAUUUCGAUCGAGAAAAAUAGCCUCCUUGUUUUUCGUUUAGAAAAAAUUGAUUUAAAAGAGAGGAAGGCUUAUUCUAAAUGACAAUGGGUAACUUAGACUUUACCAAUCUAUUUUUCUGAUUGUAAGCUAAAACUCGUAAUAUGACAAUUUGUAAAUUUCUCUAUUAGUAUAAGAUUUCGAAGUAAGUAUAUAAUAAUAUUCUAUUGUCCAUAAAUUAUGAUUCAACUUCGAUACAUUUUCUAAUUUUCCAUCGUGCAAUAAAAUAUUAUUUUAAA